UCCCGGACCCUUUUCGAAUGUUAACGCAUUAUUCUACAUUUACUUCGUCAAACAGUUUCUCGGAUUUAAUCAGCUUAUCGACUUAGUUAUCAUGGCCUCAGAAUUGUCCCAGCAAUACCUCCAAAUUCAAAUUCAAGAUGACUUGAAGUAUGAUAUCCGUAUCGAAAACGCGGACCUUGACAGUGGCCAGUUUUACAGAGAGGAUGAUCGAAGCGAUAUUCUAACAUCUGAUGAUGUCGACGACAUGGCCAUUCGCCAUAACGGUGGUAUACGAACUGUCUGCUCUAUGUACGGGUCUCAAGGAAGCAUCGAUCUUGUUGACGAUGUAAGGGAUGCGAGGAUUUGCAGUCUAGCCUGGAGAGCCUCUAUGCAGCCCGGAGAACAGAAUGAAUUCAACAAACUCCACCACGAUACGAGGUACAUGGUUGAAAUUGGCAGGUGGAAUGAAUCUGGAACUAUGGGAACGAUCCCUGUUACUAUUAAGGAGCAAUAUUGACCACAACUGGAGUUGGUCUUUUGCCAAUAGCCACUGUGCUCACUCCACGUCCACUUGUUCUUUAGGCCACAGUUGAAGCAUGUAAUCAAAACUGAAGAUCCCCGCCAAGAUGUCCUGC